AUGUUUUCAAAGAUCCGAAAUUUCUCCGAGGACGUGGCCAAGAGCUUGAAUGAUUUGGCUGAGCAGCAGGCGCAACAACAACAACAACAACAACAACAACAACAGAGAUCAGAUCCGCUAGAACAGCUACAGCGAAAUGCACGAAUACUAAAAGCAGAGACGCCCGAGUCCAGUCAAUUGACUCAGCCCAAAGACGAGAUAGAGCCGGGUGAGCAGUCGCGAGGGACAACACCUUCCAACCACGAUGGAGACCAGAGCGCCAUCAAUUCGAAGCCAGGUACGCCCCCUGUCGGUGCACCAAAUGCGGUACACCUUGAGGAAUUGCCUCCUGCUAUUAAAUCAAAGUUGAAAAAGUUUGCCAAGUAUGAAGAAAAGUACCCCGUUUUGUUGGAAGCGUACAAAGUGGAAAAGAAGAAGACCGAGUUGAUCAAAAUCUUUGAGAAUGUGCUACGGGAGCAUACGCCGGUCUCGUCGAUAUCCGAUGCAAAGACACUUGUGGAUUAUCUCAAUGGACUUAAUGAGAAAACCAAGAUGCAAAACAAUGAGAUCAGGAAGUUGACCAAGGAGAAUUCGGUACUCACGUUCAAGAUCGCCAAGUAUGAGGAGGAAGGUGAGGAUUCUGUGCUUCAAAGAAUUGAGGAUUUGAAAAAGGAAAACGACGGGUUAAAAGCACAGGUGGAUGAGCAUCGAAAGGAGGCUGUAGUGGUCAAGGACGAGAAAGAAAAGCUUGAGAAAAGAGUGCAUCAGUUGGAAGAAUCCAGUGGCACUACUGCGGCCGAAGUAGAGCAGAAGGAAGAAGACUCUAAAGUGAGCACCACGGAGCUAAAAACGCUUAUUGAAGACAAGGACAAGGAAUUGGAAGAUCUCGCAGCAAAGCUUCAAUCAGCAAAUAGAGGCUUGAAGGAGAAGCAAGACGAAAUUGAGGAUUUGAGAGAUCUGAUGAAGGAUAUCGGAAACGACUUGGUGACGGCAAAAGAUCAAAUCAAGGAGUUGAAGCUGAGAGAGGCAGGUGAGGACAACGGGAAGGUGUCUUCCUCCGCAGACGAACUCGAAAGCAAGCUCAACCUGCAGAUAGCCUCACUAACCGACAAGGUAAAGUCAUUGAAGGGCAGUUUGGCACAGAAAACAGAGGAAGCGAAAGAAUUGCAAAGCAGGCUUCGUAGCGUGGAAGACCAAUCUCACGAAGAGAAGCUAUCUAACAAGCAAUCCGAAGACAAUCUUCGAAAGGAGGUCAAAGAAUUGAAGGGGCGUUUGCAGAAGCAGACUGAGCAGCUUGACUCUAGUGAGAAGGAAUUGAAAGGACAGAAAGAAGAAAGGGCGAAGUUGGAGGAGCGAUUACAAGAGUUAUCCAAGUUCAAGAGCAAUGACACUUCUUACAAGUUGGAAAUCUCGUCGUUGCAGUCGAACCUCGCUCGCAAGGAGGAAACAAUUAAGGAGCUCAAGUCGAAAACGGACUCUUUGAGUGAAGAAAAUACUACACUACAGGCUAAAAUCGACAGGUUGGAGAACUCCAACACUGAACUACAGGCCAACUACAUGGGGCUACUCAAAAACAAAAACGAACUCUUAACCAAGCAGGAGUCAUUCAUCGAAAAUGAAAAGUCACUAAACGCACACUUGUCUAAGCUACAAAGGGAGAAACAGGAGAUUCGUAAUGAGUUGGACAAAACACGCAGCAGUUUAGAGUCAUUGUUGUCUGAAAAACUGUCAGCUAGCAAUGACGUCCAGCUGUACAAGAGACAGUUUGAUGAAUUGACAAUGAAAGCCAAGGAAUACAACCUACGAAUUGAAAGUUUGGAGGACGACUUGUCUGAGAGUCGGAACUUGCUACAAGAGAAAACAAGAGAGGGACGAAACAUGAGACGGUUGUUGAUUGAGGGUGACGAAAUGAUGAAACAGAAGGAGAAUGAACACAAGCAGGAGCUUAGUAGGCUCGAUGAGGAAAAGACUGAGUUGGAGAGACGCAGUAGUCAGUUGGCGAAGAAGAAGCAGAAGGAAAUUGACGACUUGAACGCGGUGUUGAAGGACAGGCAAGCACGCAUUUCGGAGCUUGAAGAGAGGGUACGUAGUGUGGAUUCUGUACCACAUACGGACUCAAUGGGGGGCACCGAUCAUCACAGUGAUUCCCGAUUGCAGCUGCAGAUUGACACGUUGAGGGAAGCGUUAGCGGCGUCAUCCAACAGGAUCAAAGAGUACGAGAAGUUGAAUGCCACAUUGAAAAAAUUGAACGAAGAGAGCAUGCUCAAAUUUGAAAGACUUUCCAAAAAUUAUAAAAUGCUAACUCAGCAGUACAGAGUAAUGAAGGACAACGAGAGUCGACGCGGGUCAGCUGAAAGCGUGAUGGCAUCGGUGGAUGCAAACAAGGAGGAGGUUACCGGUGAAAACGCGGGUAAUGAUAAGCAGAACAACGACACGAACAUUGCGUACUUGAAGAAUGUUUUACUUGGGUAUUUUGAGCAUAAGGAACAGCGAGAGCAGUUGUUGCCAGUGUUGAAAACGUUGUUUCAUUUCUCUGGUGAGGAUGAGAGUAAGUUUUUACUAGCGUUGAAAUAA